AUGGCGAUUACUGUUGAAAGGGUUCGCAAAGAGCCCAGAACUAUAUGUGAUCUCAUUGAAGAAUGGGCACAGAAGCAGCCUGAACAUAUUGCCAUUUCUUUUGGAGAACGAAGAAUUACAUACGCCGAACUCGACCAUGCCACAUCCCAUAUUGCAUGGCUCCUGUCUCAAAAGGGAAUCAAUUCUGGCGAUAAAAUUCCUGUUCUGGCCCAGAGAAGCCCCGAAAUGGUAAUUUGCUUCCUGGGUGCUCUCAAAGCAGGUGCUUUGUACGUACCCAUAGAUGUGGAAUCCUGGAGCAAAGAUCGCGUCAUAUCAACGCUGGAUCGAGUGUCUGCCCGUGUUAUUUUGAAUACUAGCACAAACGAAUAUCUCGGAUAUGAGCAAAUUUCGCUGAAGGAAAUCGAGCGUGCUUUUGCACCGACCACCGAGCGACACUGGGACAAUGAACUCGAUCGCCCCUGGAAACAAAUCGAUCCAAGUGAUCUUGUCUUUAUAAUUUUUACGUCGGGCACGACAUCUACACCAAAGGGGGUUAUGAUUCCUCACAGCGCCGUCCUUAAUUAUGUACAGCAAGGGGGGGAUAAAACACCAUUCAACUUGAGUGCGACUCCAGCUGAUGUAGUUAUUUUAAUCUUUUCUCCCGCCUUCGAUGCCUGUACGGCUGUUAUCGCAUCAGCAUUGUGUAAUGGUGCGGAGCUGAGGAUCGCUACUCCAGCUGAUUUCUUGUAUACUGCAACACUCUGUACAAUCAUGGCCUGUACUCCUUCAGUAUUGGCCACAAUUCAAGACCCAGCAAGCUACUCUAAUCUGCGAGCCAUCAUGAUUGGAGGAGAAGCACCACCCACUUCACUUGUUCGCAAGUGGGCAGCAUCUUUACCAACUUCUCCCAUAUAUAACUUCUACGGGCCUACAGAAACUACUUUUGCCUCACUCGUGGCUCAGCUUCACCCAGAUAAGCCAAUCACUUUAGGGCAUCCAAUGUCAAACAGCCGUGUAAUAUUACUUGAUGGGGAAGUGGAGUCUCACUAUGGGGAGAUUUGCAUCGCGGGACCAGGCCUUGCAAGAGGGUACUACAAGAAUGAAUCGCUCACAGCGGAAAAGUUUGUUUACUGGCAAGGCGAAAGGAUCUAUCGCACUGGAGAUUUUGCGCGAUUGACGGACCACGGGCUAGAAUUUGCCGGCCGUAAAGACAGCAUUGUUAAGAACCGUGGAUUCCUUGUGAGUCUUGAUGGACAAGUUAUUCCCAUGUUAUGCAGUCACCCAAAGGUCAUGGCCGCUACGGCUUUCAUGUAUCAAGGCCGUCUUGUGGGCUUUGUUACGCCCAAAGACAUUGAUGGAGUCGCGCUGCGGAAGAUCUUGAUUGAGAAAUACGAUUCCUUCAUUAUCCCGGAUCUUAUUCGCUCCGUGGAAUUCCUUCCGCUUACUACCAAUGAUAAAGUCGACAACCGCGCCUUACAAGCAUUGUUGGAUAUCGAAAUCCCACGAAUGAUUGACGGCAAUUCACUACAUGUGGCAUUUAGUCAUGGCUCAAAAAUGGACGUAUUGAAAGCUGCGCUUUCGUUUGCUAUAUCUCUACCGCUUUCAAACAUUAACGACAAUCGCUCCUUUACAGAGUUGGGUGGAAAUUCCCUGGCGGCAUUGAAAGUGUUAUCUUUUCUACGUACAAAAGGAUUUCAUAUGCAACUUGGGCCACUUUUUGAUCUUCCAAAUCUAUCUUCUAUUCAUGAUGCUAUGGGAGAACUUGAUGCGAAUGAAGAAGAGGGUCAUAGUUUAGAGCGCAGGCCGAUUCCAAGUACAGCACCGAUGACGUCCCUCCAGACUAAGAUGAUUCGAACAGGACUUAGGGAUCCUGCCACGAGUUACAUGCUACUGCGGAUCUCUCUCCCGCAUGAAGGCAGCACAUUUAGCGGGGAAGUGCUUCAAUCCGCAUGGCGACGGGUAAUUGAGAGACAUUUGAUCUUUUGCACGGCCUUCGAUCUCAAGAAUCAAACGCAACAUGUACAGCCAAAUCUCGAACUUGACUGGAGCAAUGAAGAAACAACUGGUGAUCAGUUAGAACGUGUGAUUCGGAUCCACUCCCAAGAAAUACGCAAGAGGAUCUCCUACUUGGAGCAUGGAGACACAUUCAUCCCCAUUUCGGUAUACCGCUUGAUCACAGUUCCCAAUGUUGCUUCUACUUUCUUAGCACUGAUGCAUCAUAGUUUAGUGGAUGGCUGGUCAUUCAGUAUCAUUCUAGAAGAGCUCCGUUUAGCAUUGGAUGGCAAGCUACUCCCAGAACCCCCACAAUUCAUCGAUAUUGCUCUGGCUCAAACCCGGCUGCAGCAAGACCCCCAGGGAAACGAAUUCUGGGAAAGGCAUCUAAAAGACGGCUUGGAGCAACCGAAGCUGAGACUUCCGAAACCGCCGCCCAACAACCCAGUGGCUGACUGGUCCAAGAGUCUGCAAGUUAACCUUGGAUUUGGAUCAAAAGAACUGGAGACCAAAGGUCGCCUUCGACGUAUUACACCGGCGGCGGCUAUAUAUGUAGCAUGGGGAUUGGUAUUAUCAAAUUAUAGCAUUUCUGACCGAGUGACAUUCGGUGUGGUGUUUUCUGGAAGGAAUAUCGAUGCAUCAGGAGCUGAUCGAGCCGUUGGCCCGCUGCUCAACACAUGCCCGUUUCCCCUCGAGUUUAAAGAAAAUCAAUCUGUGGCUGACAUGCUUUCGGUGGCUCAAAGCCAGCUGCUACAGAUGCUUGAGUUUCAGUGGUGCGCUGACAAUGCACUGGCCAAAAUACCAUCAGACAGGAUAGCCAAUGCCUUCCAGACAAUUGUGGUCGCCGAAUAUGAUCUCCCGUCACCGUCGGUGUUUUGUGAGACGCUCCCAGACCCAUGGAAAAUUGAACGAGAAGACAUGAUGGAAUUUGGUAUAACUCUGUUGCUUGAGGAUGAAAGCGAUGGCAGUCUCCGGGCUCGCAUUCUGUACGAUAGCUCGCUAUAUACCGAGUGGAGCAUCGCUGGCCUUCUCAAUCAUUUUAAACAUGCAAUCAAGGGGCUACUCGAUUCCGAUAAUACACUAAUACAACACGUUCGAAACGAAAUUAUUAUUGGAGAUGAGAGAAAAGCGCUCUUAAAUCCGCCACGAGAGAGAGGGGGCAGCUAUCAAGGUUAUGAUACAGUCAAGGACGCUUUUGAAGCUGCCGCGGCGAAGUGGCCAGAUUUGCCAGCUUUGGAGUCACCCCAUGAUUCAAUGACUUACCGAGAAUUGGAUGAAUCUGCAAAUAGGCUAGCCAAUCAUCUUCGUUCCAUGGUAAAACCUGGAGAUGUUGUUGGUAUUCUCGCUGAUGGGUCCCUUCAUUGGGUUGUGGCCAUUUUAUCAGUUCUUAAAGCAGGCUGCAUCUGCUGUCCUAUAGAUGUUAACCUUCCAACAGCGCGGAUCGAAGUCAUAAUGGAACAAAGCGGUGCCACCACUUUUAUCGCCGCCAAUCAAGAUUGCGUGCGAGCGCUUCAGGAUAUCGAAGAACGCUGUAUCAUUGUUUCUGACGAAUUUCUUGCGUCUUGCAAAGCACCAGCAUUCUCACUUGAGACCAUCUCAAAGCCCAAGGAUGUCAUCUAUCUUGUUUUUACAUCUGGAAGCACUGGUAUUCCAAAAGGUGUUGCUUUGCAUAAUCACAGUCUUCUUAUGGUCAUUGACCAUGAGCCUAAUCGCCUUUUCUCCGGGCCUGGUCGCCGGCAUGCUCAAGUCUACGCUCUUGGCUUUGAUGUGGUACUGGUUGAACUAUUCGGCGCCCUAUCCUACGGCGGCACACUAGUUUUAAAGGACCCGAGCGAUCCUUUGGGACACCUCAGGCGUGUAGAUGCAACCUAUUCUACUCCAUCGCUGCUAGUGGCCUUAUCGCCAGAAGAGUACCCAAAUCUCGAUACAAUUGGACUUGCUGGGGAACCUGUUCCCCAGAGCCUCGCAGAUAUGUGGUCACACAAGAGGUUGUUUAACUUUUAUGGACCAGGCGAGUGUGGACCUAUCUCAACUUGGGCUGAGCUUCUCCCUGGCGAGCAAGUUACUAUUGGUAAUGCCGUCCCCAACCUGGAUAUCUACCUUUUAGACCACCAUCAGUGUCUAGUCGCCGUUGGAGUUCCAGGAGAAAUUUAUGUCUCUGGAGAGCAGAUUACUCAUGGCUACUGGAAUCUACAAUCCGAAACUACAAACGUAUUUCUUCCAAAUCCAUUCUCCCCUGGCAAAGUCAUGUAUAGAACGGGCGAUCUAGGUUAUUGGACACAAGAUAUGAAGUUGGCCUAUGUGGGACGAAUUGACAAUCAAGUCAAAGUUCGGGGAUUCCGAAUCGAAAUGGAAGAAGUGGAGCGCGCCCUUAUGCGUACGGAUGCUUCCAUACGAAGCGCUGCAAUUGUCGUCGACCGCGUUCGUAUUGUCGCUUUUGUCACACCAAGUACCGUUAAUAUUUAUGCAGCUGGACGAAAGCUCAAAGAAAUCCUACCGGCGUACGCUUGCCCUGCACAAAUAAUUGCGAUGGAAUCUUUGCCCCAAUCGUCUAAUCUCAAAAUUGACCGUAAAGCACUUCGGGUACUGGCUACUGAAAGCCAAGACCAAGGAGAUGCGCCGUCAACACCGACGGAAAGGAUGAUUGAAGAAAUCUGGAGAAAUAUUCUCAACUUUCAGGACAAUCAUAUGGGGAAAAAGAUUUCUCGAGAUGAUGAUUUCUUGGCCAUCGGUGGAAACUCUCUAUUAGCUAUUAGGGCAGCUCAGCUAAUCUCUGAGUCUACGGGUCAUUACACUCCUGUGCCACUCCUCAUCAGAGAGACAGUAUUAUCAAAUCUUGCAAGGGGAAUCGAUAGACAUGCAGCUCAUGAUGAACAAGAAGACGGAUUUACUACAUUCCAGGCGUUCCUAUCCAGUCUAUCCGCCCCGCUGAAUAUAACCGCCGCCCAAGUUCCAUCACAGCUGGAAGAAGAACUAUUCCUCUGGCACACUAUGUCUCGCACAGAGUCGCUUUUCAACACAGCAUUCCAAUUCGUCAUCAAAGGUGAUGUCAACAUUAAAUUAUUAAACGACUGCCUGACUUCUGUAAUCCGAGAAAACCCAAUUCUUCGAGCCCGCUACGUCCUCAAAGAAGGGUCUAUAUACCGAUUAGUUAGCGAUGAGGUCACCCCGCCACUUGUUUUCACAGGAGAAUCUCUCGAUACCAAGAGCCUACAGACUUUGAUAGAUAAACCUUUUGAUCUUGCCCGUGAUCAACUCAUCAGGUCAAUUAUCUGCAAGGAAGAAGAUGAACAUUUCACAGCAAAGACGUCACUCAUACUGAUUACGCAUCACAUCAUUACAGAUAAGGCAUCACUUGCAAUUUUGUUGCAAUCUAUUAGCCAAAGAUACAUAGCAGCAGUCAAUGGUGCCAUUUGCAAUGGGCGGAAUGGUAAUGGAAGCACUCAUAAAGGCACUUACAUUGAAUGGUCGCAGUGGCUUGCUAAAAACAGCUCGCUUGCCGCGACACCGACGAAAUUAGCGAAGAAGCAAUUCUGGUAUGAUCGUGUUAGAAGCAUAGAGGCAGUUCCGCUAUUAAGCAAACGGGACCUUCGUAGCCUCGGCCACGAGAUACCCUGCUAUGAAUCCAUCCUCAUCCCAACUACGGAUGGUGCCGGAUUUUCACAGCGUAUGGCCCUGGCUGCAGCUGCGCUCACCAUUUUCGCAGUGUUCGGCAAUAGCGAAUUUGUUUUUGGCAUACCUUAUUUGAAUCGAGACGAGCCUGGAACGGCGAACAUUAUGGGCCUCCUUCUCGACCGACUGCCAGUGUGCAUAAAGCUCAAUGUCAGUAACAUGGCAGACUCUGCUAUGCUUAUCAAUGAUAUUGUUUCGGAGGUCAAUCUUUCAGUCGAGAAUCAAAUACCAUACUCUGAGAUCUUACAAUUGGCAAAGGAUCGGGGAUCUCUCUUUGAUGUCGUGGUGAUUUAUCACUGGCAGUCGGAUGCACUGGAGCACUCACUCAAGAUACCUGGAACUCAAGUAUCGAGCAAACAUAUUCGAGCGCGAGGAGCCAAGUUCACUUUGCAGCUAGAAUUCAGCGAGCAAGACGAAGGAUUGCACUGCGGCAUCGAGUACAAUGCCAGUGCUUUCUCUCCGCUUCAGAUGGCGGCGAUAGUGUCCUUCAUUCCUACUGCUAUCAAAGGCCUUACAUCUGGUUCAGCACCUGCCGAAAUUCUUUCCUCAUUCAACCAAUUGAAGGAAUGCAAUCCAUUGACAGCUAUUCCGACAUAUGAAAAUAGGAUUAACGAGGUUCGCCAUGCGGUCUCUGAAGCAUUGGGUAUAAAUACAGAAGAUAUUGCACCUGAGACAACACUCUAUGACCUGGGAGGAACACCUAUAACCGCACUUCGGCUUCACUAUAUAUUAAGUGAGAAAGGGCUACGUGGAGAUUUGUCCAAUAUACUCAGUGGACCUUCGUUAGGAGAGAUUGCUUGGAUGUUCCAGUGA